GGAGGCAGGCAGCCUCGCUGGCUGAGAGCGAAGCUCAACGGCUCGGCGUAGCCGCGGUUCCCGCACACGGCCGCGCCCCGCCCGCUGCAGGAAGGCGGAAGGGGUUUAGGGGCAGGCCCGCAACCCCGCCUCGAGAGCAGCGCUUGGUGCCAUGGCGUGGCGGCAGCGUCGGCACCUCCGCUGCUGAGGGAGGCCCCGCCGGGAGCUGCCAUGGCCGUCACCCUCUGGUGCGCCCUCUGCAGCUGCCUUCUGCUCUGUGCAUAUUCAAUGGUGCCCAACCCCCAAAACGCAAGAAUUAUUUCCAUUAAUCUUCGCAGCAUUUUACAGUGGGAUGCACCUAGAUUGCACAAAGGGAACAUAAGUUACACUGUACAAUAUAAGAGCAUCAAUUUGCCUGGAAACACAUAUGAAAAUGUGGGCACAAACUUGACACUUACAGAGUGUGAUGUCUCUUCUCUGUCUGCAUAUGGAAACUAUGUAUUAAAGGUCAGAGCAGAGUCAGAAAAUGACCAUUCAGACUGGGUAACCAUCACAUUUAAGCCAAUGGAUGACACAAACAUUGGGCCACCUGACGUAAAAGUGAAGUCAGAAUCUGGGUCCCUGCAUGUGGAUUUCGUAGGCCCUUUUGCUGAACAUGACAACUGGCCCCUAAAGAAAUAUUAUGGCUCGUGGAAUUACAGAAUACUUUACUGGAAGAAAGACAGCAGUACAGAGGUAACUUCUGCUUCAUAGGUAAAUCACAUAGAUACUGAUCACAACUCUGAAAUACUCUCUCAGUUGGAGCCAUGGACAAUAUAUUGUGUUCAAGUGCAAGCAGUUAUCCCCGAGCUGAACAAAACAGGGGAACUGAGCGAAGUGCUUUGUGAGCAGACAACCCACAAUGGUGUAACUCCUGUGUGGAUAAUUGUGACUGUUCUUAUUGGAUCAAUGUUGGCCAUUGUAAUCAGUGUUCCCCUCUGUUUCUUUUCAUUUUUGUAUCUCUAUCGACUGGCCAAACAUGUUUUCUGCCCUUCAUAUAUUUUCCCAGAACACUUAAAAGAGUUUUUGAGCAAGCCUCCCAGUAGUUCACAGGAUUUUUCUGCACUCCCACAAGAAGAGCAUCUCUUUUAUGACAAACUAACUGUCAUUUCAGAAGAAUCAAAAAAUCAGAAUGAUGAGACUGGAGAUGAGGCCAGCAAGACAACAGAGCACCUUCAGUACUCAGAACAGGAAGAUUCAGAUUUGAGAAUAGUACCAGCUUCAGAAGAGGCCUAAACGGACUCUGCACACUUCACUCAAGCCAAAAGAAAAGUAAAUGGACUGGUUUUAUCUUCUUAUUGCUGCAUUCUGAAGACAGUAAAAAUCCACAUUGUGUACACAGACUUUAAACAAAAU